AUGAAAGAUUCAGAUAUUAUUGCUUGGCUCAACGAAUCAACUGGUGGCCAGUUACAAUCAUUCAAAGAUGCCUCUACUGGUCGAGAAAUUUGCUUUGUCCUUGCUGAUUUAGCAGAAGAUCGAAAAAGUAAAAAGAUGGUUUCAAUGGGAAAAACUCCAGAAGAAAAAGCAGCAAAUUUCGAAAUUGCAAGUCGCAUUUACGAGCAGUUAGGUCUUACAUUCAAUUAUGACAUCAAUCUCCUUGUACAAGGAGAUAAAAAUGAAAUUCGAAACUUAAUUCAAGAAAUAAUAUCUUUAUCUAACGAUCCUUCCGAAGAUAUUGAUGGAUUACUACAAACAUUAGAAAAUGAUCUUAAAGAAAAACUCGAAGAAGCAAAAACUCAAUCAAAACAGCUUGAAGAUGUAGCAUUAGAACGCGAUUUCUACUUUGAAAAGCUUAGAAAGAUCGAAGCAGUUGCCCGUCGUUACCCACCAGAUGUAAACGAUUCAAUCAUCAAAAUCAUCUCUCUCAAAGCUCCAGAGAUUUUACCAGAGUAA